AACCGUUCACCAUGAAGGAGACGACAAGGACCUGGUCCCCUUCAAAAUGGAGUACAGGUAUUUCCAUCACUCCGGCACCCCAGGUCCCCAGAAAAGUAGAGGACAUCGUGAAUGAAUACGAAGUUCCUGAGCUGUUCACCACCAAGGAGAUGACAGGGACCCGGUCCCCUUCAAAAUGGAGUGCAGGUAUGUCCACCACCCUGGCACCCCAGGUUCCAAGAAAAGUGGAGGACGUCUUGGAUAAAUCCGAAGUUUCUGGAGUAUUAGCAUGGGGAACAGUGACCACUAUUGCCCUUAUUCUCAUUAUUGUUAAGAGAUUGCUGAGAACAGGUUGUAAGUGCACCUGCGAAAGGAGAAGAUAUAGAAAUCCAGGUGAUGUUGAGGACCCUACAACACAGACUCGGACCGUACCUCCCACCGAACACCAUUCUACGAGUCUGGAGACAAUAGCAGUACAUCUGCACACACCCCCCUCCCAGGCUACAACCCCUGAAACGAGCCCAUUGGCAUCUACUCCAGAUACCAUCGUGAAAGCACUACAGGUGCUAUCUUCAGCAGAAUUUGAAACUUUGGUGGACACUCCACGUUCAACAGCACCACUCAUAAAUUCCCCUGCAGAUGAUCAUGUAUCAUCCAACACCAGAUCAAAGACCAGGGCCAAAAGAAAGUUGUAAUUAAGAUUUUAGGAAACCUUUUUUCCCCUACAACUUUGGGAUUGAACUGUUUUCUUUUUUUUUCUUAAAAAUUAAGCUGUAUUGAUUAUUUUGACACCUUAAUGUUUAAAGGUCAACUUGUGAAUUUUGAUUUAAUUUUGAUAUUUUACACAAGGGGAACAACUUUUAUUUUAUCAAACUCGGGUAUUUUAAGCAAACUGUACUAUGAUAUUUCACGUAUGCAUACCAAUUUUAUUUUUUUUGUUUUAAACAAGUUACCUUUGUAGUUUGUGGUGAUUCAGAGUCUUAGAAUAUACAUGUGGUUGUGCAGGUACACAUGGAUUUAAGGGGUUUUUGCAUUUUUUAUUUUAGAUUUGUGGAAAAGAUUGUACUGUUGCACCUUUUUUUUCCAAUGAAGGAUGAUUUUUAUUUUAUGGAAGCUAGGUCUAGGAAAUUUUUUUUUAUAUUUUUCUCAGAAGCAAAAUUUGUGCUUUAUGAUAUUAGAGAUUUUGGAACAGGUUUGUGCGGGCCAACAUGAAUGAUGGGGAUUAUUGCACUGUUUAUUUUAAUUCAGUGGAAAGUUGUGUUGUAACACAUUUUUUUUCAUUUUAUAUGUUAGCAAGGUCUAGAAAAAAAUAUUUUUUUGUUUCUGCAUUCCAAGCAGGCUUUAAUUUAUGUCUACCUCAAAUUUUUCUUCUUUUUCUGAAGAUUUCAAUAUUCAGUUGUUUUUGCUUAAAUAUUAAUGUCACAGAAAUGCUUUAAUGUGCUAUUUUCUUUUAUUAUCAAAGCUUCUUUGUUGUUUUGUUUAGAAAAGUCCAAGGAAAAGAAUAAAAGCUUACCUACUUACCUCAUUUUUUAUCAGACUGAAAGCAGAAACUUUUUUUUUUCUAGAACUGAUUUACAAGAGGAAUAACUUGUGUUAUUUGCUGAAGAUUUGUGGAAAAGGUUGUACUGUUGCACCUUUUUUUCCAUGAAGGAUGAUUUUUAUUUCAUGGAACAAGUUUGUGCGGGCCAACAUGAAUGAUUGGGAUUAUUGCACUGUUUAUUUUAAUUCAGUGGAAAGUUGUGUUGUAACACAUUUUUUUUUUAUUUUAUAUGUUAGCAAGGUCUAGAAAAAAAUAUUUUUUUGUUUCUGCAUUCCAAGCUGGCUUUAAUUUAUGUCUACCUCAAAUUUUUCUUCUUUUCUGAAGAUUUCAAUUUUCAGUUGUUUUUGCUUAAAUAUUAAUGUCACAGAAAUGCUUUAAUGUGCUAUUUUCUUUUAUUAUCAGAGCUUCUUUGUUGUUUUGUUUAGAGAAGUCCAAGGAAAAAAUAAAAGCUUACCUACUUACCUCAUUUUUUAUCAGACUGAAAGCAGAAACUUUUUUUUUUCUAGAACUGAUUUACAAGAGGAAUAUCUUGUGGUAUAUGAUGACACCUUUAUUUUUGCUGUUUAGUGCAGUAAGCAUUAAUAUUUUUUCAAUGGAGUAAAGUUUUGUUAUUUGUUUCUUUAUAUUCAACUUCCUUAUUUGAUAUUUUUUUUAACUAAUUUUGGAAAAAUGCUUUUUACAUUUUUGUUGUUCUUUUUUCCUUUUAAGUUUAUGGCUAACAAAAGGGGUAUUGCUUGUAUUUAUUUUCCUAAAUUCGAGUAUUUAAACUACAGCAUUUUGUAUAUCCAUAGAAAUGUAAGAAAAAAAAGUCAUUCAUUCUUGUUUGUACAAUUAUACUGGAAACAUUUUGUCAUACUCUCUUUCAGAAACAAAUGUUACAAUUUUUAUUCAUUUGUUCUUUUUAUGAAUACUUGGGUUUAGAAAAACAAAUGUGA